CGCAGAGAGCAGGGGAAGGCAGAUUGAAUUGGAAAGGCAACUAUAUAAAAAAUAAAAAAAAUCUGAAGGAGGAACAUGUGGAAAUAACAAAGCACGGUCCGGUCACGAAAAUAUAUCGCAGAAGAUGGAAACGGGUUCUGCCCGACAGCUAAAACGCACAUUUUCCUCUCAAACAGUAAAAUCUCUUCAGCAAUCUGAAGGGGUCAAUGCCAGAGAAUGGAUGAAAAUUACAAGGAGAUAGACUGCAGUUGACUGGGCUUGCUCCCUGGACUGACUCGCUAAGAUUCUAUUGCAAAUGGAGCUAUAAUUUAAGAUAACAUAGCUGUACCCUUCACAUCUGCUUGUAACCGACGUCUAUCGCGAUCGGCUAGAGAACGGAAUCUUAUAUUUUCAAUAAGCAAAGUAAAUUUGGUGCAUUAAAUUCCAUUGGAGGGAUGUCAUCGCCUUCCAAUGCUUUAUAGCUAGUUAAAUAGCUACGUUUUCGAGGACUGGAAUUUACCAUUCAGCGCGUUAAUAUGGAUGCUGUGGCUGGCUCAAAGGAGAUCAAAAAGACUUUUAUUGCUCCCACUAUAAAAUCUUUUGAGCAUUAUGAUUUUACGAAAGCAAAGAUAUGUUGUAGCCUGACAUGGCUCAUAGCCAAAGCCUUUGGGACAGACAGUGUCCCAGAGGACCUGAAGGAGCCGUUCUACACGGACCAGUACGAACAGGAACACGUGAAGCCCCCCGUGGUGACUCUGCUGCUGUCGGCCGAGCUGUACUGCCGCGCGGGGAGCCUCAUCCUGAAGAGUGACGCGGCCAAACCCCUGCUGGGCCACGACGCUGUCAUUCAGGCCCUGGCCCAGAAGGGCCUGUACGUCACCGACCAGGAGAGGCUGGUCACGGAGAGGGACCUCUGCAAGAGGCCCAUUCAGAUGAGCGCACACCUGGCCAUCAUUGACACGUUGAUGAUGGCCUACACGGUGGAGACAGUCAGCGUGGAGAGGGUGGUGUCAUGUGUUCAGCAGUACCCCUGCUUCGAGCCUGACAGCGACGUCCCCUACGACACCGAGGACGCUGUGAUGACCUGGAUGAACAAGGUAAACGAGUAUUUGAAAGACAUUAUCAUCCAGGAGCAGAAGAUGAGGGACACCCAGUGCGCCGAGCCCCAGGAGGCCCCACGGUCUCCAACCAAAUGGUAUUGGAAACUGGUUCCUGCUCGCUACAGGAAGGAGCAGGCUCUGCCCAGGCAGGUCCCGUGGAUCCCCCCAGUGGAUAACCUGCUGAAGGACAGCACCGACGGCAGCGCCCUGGCCGCUCUUCUCCACUUCUACUGCCCCAACGCCAUUAAGCUGGAAGAUAUAUGCCUGAAAGAGACCAUGUCCCUGGCAGACAGCUUGUACAACCUGCAGCUGAUUCAGGAGUUCUGCCAGGAGAACCUGAACCGCUGCUGCCACUUCACACUGGAAGACAUGCUCUAUGCCUCCUCCUCCCUAAAGAAUAACUACCUUGUGUUCAUGGCAGAGCUUUUCUGGUGGUUUGAAGUGGUGAAGCCUUCCUUUGUGAAUCCUCAAGUUUUAGAUGUUGAAGCUGCAGAACCAGCCCCCUCGCUGAAAAACAUGCCCACAGUGCCCAUUUCCAAUGCCACCAAACGAAGCUUUAUGGAGAAACCUCCCAGUCCAGAGCGCCCCAGUCUGCCUCUCAGACCACAACCUCAGACUUCCACAUCAGGGGCAAUGAAACGAUCGACCUCAUUGUCUGUAAUGGACGGUGGAGUGGGGACUUGGCCAAAGGAACAAAGAUCCUCGGCUCACGGAGUGUCUUUUGACAUCCCUCUGGAUAAGACUAACACCAGCCAGAUGAACACACCCCACAGUCGAGGAAUGACCAGGUCCAUCAGCACAGAUGGACUGGGGUUUGAGGACAACCAAAUGUCUAGGAACUCGAAGACAAACCUUUCCUUCCAGCCUGUGAACCGGCAGACCGAAAGGGCAGCUAUCGCAGAGGAGGGGUGUCCGGAGGGCCUCGCGAGCACGGAUGGCGACAUGUGGCCUGGGGAGCAGCACCCCAGGGUCCAACAGGGUCUCUCAAACGGCCCGGUCCCGGGCGAGCAGGGCAACCCCUCAGCCACCCCCAGCAUCGAAGAGGCCUUGAAAAUCAUCCACAAUUUGGAAAAGCCCCAGGCAGACGGGACCAACAGCGGCUUCUUCCUGCACAGCCCGGGCAGGGAGGAGCCAGGCUCCAGAGCGAGGUCAGACGACGGCGACCUGGACUCCAUGUCCGAGUCAAAGGGGGUGGGAAGCACCGACACGACCGAGGUGGACACAGGGAUCCACGUGCGGACGGAAGACAUCCAGGAGACCUUGGACGAGGACUCCUCCCUGAGGGAUUGCACGGUAAGCAUGGAGCUGGACGUUGACCAGGAUUAUGAGCUGAAGGCCUGCAACCCCCACGAGAUGACCAGCCCUUGCCCCAGCUCGGUCAGCGGCCGGUCCCAUGGCAGCAGUGCGGCCUCCACCAGCCCAGGGGUCAAGAUGACCAGCUUCGCUGAGCAGAAGUUCCGGAAGCUCAACCACUUUGAGGGAAAGAGCAGCGGGAGCAGCUCCCAAAAGACCACGCCUGAGAGCUCCGAGCUGAACAUCCCGCACAUGGUGUCCUGGGCCCUGACCCCUGAGGAAAGCCCGGUCCACCAGGCACCCAAGGACCCCGCCCAGAUGAUGGCGUCGGAGAUGGUGCAGCUGCGUAUGAAGCUGGAGGAGAAGCGGCGGGCCAUCGAGGCCCAGAAGAAGAAGGUGGAGGCGGCCUUCACCCGGCACAGGCAGAAGAUGGGGCGGACUGCCUUCCUCACCGUGGUGAAGAAGAAGGGCGAUGGCACGUCACCGCUCAGGGAGGAGGCGGCCGGGUCCGAGGACGAUAAGGUCUCCACCGACUCCCAGGCCCUCAAAAUGGCAGAUGACAGUAACCUGAGGCCGGCGAAGAGCAAGCUGGACACACCAGAUGGUGCUGAACACGGCCAGGCUCAGUUGCUGAAAUCACCCAGCGACGAGAACUUUGGGGAGGCGGAUCUUCUGGAGUACACCAAGUCUAUCGAGAAGUUGAACUCCUCCCUCAACUUCCUGCAGGUAGAGAUGCAGAGGCUGUCCCAGCAGCAGGAGGUCAUCAUGCAGAUGAGGGAUCAGCAGUCCUGGGUCAUCCCCGUCUCCGAACCCUCCCCGCAGAAGCAGGUGAGGGACCUCCGCAAUGCCACACGCUCCUCAGGCUCCCCAUCGCCCGCAGACUCCCCGCAUACCUCCCACCGUUCUCCCACCAGCAUCAAGAGGAAGUCGGCUUCCUUCCACUCCAAGAGUCCCAGAACUCCCAGGCCCAAUGAACUGAAGAUCACCCACUUCAAUCGUGUCCUCACCGUCCCGCAGUCUGUGGACAGCCUGCCCCGUCUGCGAAAGUUCUCCCCCUGCCAAAACCCAACCCCCCCUUUCGCCAGCCAGGGGAGUGACUCCAAGCCGCCCUCAGAGACCGAGCCCACUGAGAACAGCGAGGUACAGGAACCUGACCUCCCUGCCCUCGAUGACUCUCUUGAGAAGAACAUGCCCAUGGAGCUACCGACCUCCCCAGCCAAAGAGACACCACAGAAGAAGAGGGGUAAGGAAGUAAAUGAGGCACCAGAGAAUAAUGAGAUGGUAAAGGAGAUAAAGCCUGUGGAAUCCACUGUGUCAGAAGUGUUGUCCCAGCCCAUCAAAGAGACCUUCACAGUCACACCCACUGAACAUCCAUCCGACAUCUUCAGCCAGAGCAACAAGAACCUGAUAGAGGUGCCUCUCUCUGUGCUCAAACCCCUGGAUGGACACAUGCCGUUGGAGAGCGAAGAAGUCGAAGGGUCCAGAGACAACUAUGACGAUGACCAGAAAAUGUGCUGUGGAUUUUUCUUCAAGGACGACAUGAAGGGCGAGGACGACAUGGCGCUGAAGCGAGCAGCACUGCUGGAGAAGAGGCUGAGGAGAGAGAGGGAGACGCAGCAGAGGAGGCAACAGCAGGAGGCAGAGCUGGAGCAGAAGAAGGAAGAGGCACGGUUGAAAGCGGAGGAGGAGCGUCUGAAGAAGGAGGAAGAAAAGGCACGCAAGGAGUUCAUCAAGCAGGAGUACCUGCGCAGGAAACAGCUCAAGUUGAUGGAGGACAUGGACACCGUCAUCAAACCCCGCCCUGUUAGCAGCAAGAGGAAGCCCCGCCCCAAGUCCAUACACAGGGACAUUUUGGAGUCCCCCAAGACCCCUGUCAGGGCAGCGGAAGGUUCACGACCUCGUGUUUUUUCAGUCUCCAGUCUAUCCCUGGCUUCACUCAACUUCGGCGACAGUGACAGCGUGCAGUCAGAAAAGAGGACCCCCAGAAGCAGUAGCUUAGCUUCUGGCAGCAUACAGCUCGUUUUGAACUCUUCCAAAAUGAAAAAGGCAAGGCCUGACUCUGCAGAUGGGUUUUUGUCUCCAUGUCGAACGGGAAGCCGCAACGGAGAGAAGGACUGGGAGAACGGCUCAACCACCUCGUCUGUAGCUUCCAACACAGAGUACACAGGCCCGAAGUUGUACAAGGAGCCCAGUGCCAAGUCUAACAAACACAUCAUCCAGAAUGCCCUGGCCCACUGCUGCCUGGCUGGCAAGGUGAAUGAAGCUCAGAAGAAUAAGAUACUGGAGGAAAUUGAGAAAUCGGAGGCCAACAACUUCCUGAUCCUGUUCCGAGACACAGGCUGCCAGUUCCGCUCUCUGUACACGUACUGCCCUGAGCUCCAUGAGAUCACCAAGCUGGCGGGCAUCGGUCCCAAAACCAUUACCGGCAAGAUGAUCGAGGGGCUGUACAAGUACAACUCGGACAGGAAGCAGUUCAGCCACAUCCCCGCCAAAACCAUGUCAGCAAGCGUCGAUGCCAUCACCAUCCACAGCCACCUGUGGCAGACCAAGAAACCAGGAACCCCCAAAAAAGUGUUACCCAACAAGUCCUAGUGCAAUGAACAAUUUCCUUUCUUUUCUUUUCAUAUUGAGAAAUUCACAUUAAAUUUGCACUUCACUGUACAUACCCAUGUGGAUUUGGCAUGCCCAGUGCCAAUAUGAAUACACAUUUCAUUUUUGCAGCUUUCCACUUCCUCACAGUUCUAACUGGACUGAACACAGAACAUUGCUGAAAUUAUGCACAACUGGAAUGUAAAACACUAUUUAAGAGUAUUUAAUGGAGUUCACUAAUGUGUUUAGUGCAAGAGAUCAUGGAAUCUUGAGUAAUUUUAUUACAGCACGUGUGUGUGUGUGUGUAUGUGUGUGUAUGUGGUUUUGUAUGUGCCAAAAAGAAAGGGAAGGCCCUGAUAUUCGGAUCUGGUACACUGAAGCACUGAAUGUUACUCAUCUGUAUAGAUCGAAUUUGCGUACCUGUUGACAUUUUGUGGCCUUAUGCUUGUUUGAUUUUUGUACAUGAGCCCCACAAAGGUGUUUGUAAAGUUUUUCAUGAGUGGCUUUUGUAUGCAGACAAAGCUUUUGUUCUUUUGCUGGAUUUGAAAUACUGUCUGGUUUGUCUGUAUAAAGUGUGACUAACUAAGGGCAACGUUGAGUGAGGAAAUUGCCUUUAAUGAGCUAAAUGAAUUGGGUUGCCAUUGCUUUGAAUACAUACAUACUGGUCAGCCACUAUGUAUCCAAGGUUUUUCACUGGCUGGAAAGUGCCAAAGUAGCAUCCCACAUAUUUUUAGUGAUGUAUAUUUUAAUAAGGCUUCUAAAAUCACAUUUCAUUGGCAUUUCUUCUCCAAGAAGAUUGGAGAAUAAAGUAUCUUGAAAAUAAAAAAACUAUUUUUUUCAUAGUUGCUUUUUUAAUAUUCAAACAGAAUGGAACAAGCUUCAAUUUACUAAUUUAAUUACUAAAAACACUUGUUUGUUUCCUCCUUAGGAUCAAUUUCGUGAAUAAAGCUGAGCUUUAGAUCAUCAAAACAAAUCUUGUAAAGGAAUAUGUAAUGAAUUUUCCACUUGAAAUUCAAUUAGAAACUGUUUGUAAAUGUGAGUGGACCUGACAGAAGUUUCUGGCUUAGUUUUCAUGUUUCACAGUGAUUCCAAAAUACUAUAUGAAAAUCUUUCCAGAAUGCUGUUUUCAAUGUCUUACUUAGCUCAUUGCUUGUAGGCCUGAGGUUCUUAUUAGAAUAUCACAUUAGAAUGUACUUCUGCAGAACUGUACCUAUCAAAACUGUUUUCUUUGUCAUUGAAUCAAAUUUUUCUUUUUUCAUUUGUGAACUGUAUAUAUUUAGGUAUAUAAUAUAUUUUAUUUGUAAAGACAUGUCGUCACAACAUUGCAGUCCUUUUUUAUUGCAUGGUCUUGUAAUGGGGAUUUUAUUGAUAUGGUUAAACAGGAAGUGGGGUACAAGAUGGUCCUUUAAAUGCUCCUGACAGUAAAAGGUUGCAUAGCUCUCAUAAGUAUAUGGUUUAUUAUCUAAAAAUCAUAUAAACAAAUUUUGUUUCCACCAGCAGUGUUCACCUCCUAGUAUAUUGAUUGUGUAAUAGAAAUGGCUUGCUUUGGCUUGUCCAGUUCUCUGCAUGAACCAAAUUAUGAUAAUUAAUUUGCAAGCUUAAAAAUGAAUGUGUAAGUAUAUGUGUAUGAGCUGACAAAGAAAUGAAACGGCAUUUACACUCUGCCUAUAAAUUACAUCAUGACAUCAAGGUUAAGCAAUUAAUUUUUUAAAUGCUGUGUUCAUAUUUCAGCCAAAAGUAGUUAUCAGUGCCAAUUCAAAAGGAACAAUGCAAUAUUUUCACAUAUAUCUAGGUAUAUGUUCUUAUCUUUUGAAAGCAGUCUAAAGUAAUGUAAACCUUAUGCUGAAAUAGCCCAAUAUUACAUUGAUUUUAGUAGAUAAAAGUAAAUUUUUGGAAGCUUUCAGUAGAGGUUCAUAAUUUCAAAAUGCACACGUUUGCUUAUGAAGAUAUGUGUGCAAUUAUCAUAGUAAAAAUUUAUUUUUCAGACAAAGUCCAUCACUAGUUCUCAAGUAGAAAUGUGCAGUUUUCCUUUUUGUAAAAAUAAUGUGGUGAGGGUGUGCCCUGUCUUUAAAGCAGAUCCUGUAUUCUCACUAAAUCAAUAUUGAUCAACAGUCCCCAACACUCUUAACAAACAAACCUGAACUUGUGUGUAUAUUGGUAAAGGCUGUAUCUGGCUGUAUCUUGAAUUUAGUCAACAUUGUCCUUUCUUUAUUUAAAGCAUGGCGUUUUUCAACCAUCUUUAGUAUUUCGGGUUACAAGAAAAACCUUAUGCAGGUCUGCUUCAAACACACACACACACACACACACACACACACACCACACAGGUGCUUUCAUUUGGCGUAUUUGUAUGCAUUGCAGAUUGACCAAUUGUAUUGUGUUCCUGAAAAUAUACUAUAUAGGCAGUAACUUUGGUUAUUGAAACCUUUUUGGUUUCAUUGUGUAGAAGAGGUGUUAAUGUAGGAUGACUAUUAUAGUUGUCUUAUUUGGCUGCUGAAAGCCACAAGGAGUCAUUAUUUAAUUGAGAAUGGGUACUGUUGAACAUUGUACAGUGUGCUGUGAACUAACCUGUCCACCAUAAUGAAGCAUUGCUUCCUUUUUUUUUCAGACGCUGUGCUGUCAUAUAUUGUCAACAUAUUGCUGAAGUAUCAUGUUGUUUUUUUCCCUUUUGCAUUAAAUAAAAUGAAGCAUGGCCUCAAA